CCAAGAUGGCAGCCUCCGUAGCAGAUAUCUGCUUUCUAUUUUGGUGUUUUUUAGUUUCCAAUUUCUGUGGUUUUGAAGGAGUUUAUGCCAUCGAUAGUGAAAACGAAGAUAUCGACACAUUGCAAUUCCACUGGGGUAGUAAGUUAGUGACUACACUAUGGACGUCAGUUCCUUGCUGGUACGGUGUGUCCUUUGUGACGGGUGUGGCUACUCUCCUUAUGGUGAUACUUUGGUGGAACAAGAAUGAUAAUGAAGUUGAGAAUUUUGUGCCAAAUGCUGCCCCGAGGAGGCCAACAGAGGGCGACAGAGAGCCGACUCAACAGCAGACAUCCCGGGCCCAAGCAGCCAACCAGAAUGGGCGUUUGCUGAAAAAAAGUUCUGAAAUCACUUCUGAGAAGAAGGGCAGGCUGAGAGUUUUCUAUGGCACACAAACUGGGACUGCCAAGAGUUUCGCAGAGGAUCUCGCAAAGGCAGCAACCGCAAGUGGCAUGUCUGCAGAGGUCGUUGACCUACUCACCUUUGACCCAGAAAGUCAUAUUCUUCCAGAGACUGAGGGACUGGUCACCUGCGUCUUCAUUCUAGCCACAUAUUCUGAAGGACUGCCAACAAAGAGUGCUACCUGGUUCUGUCAGUGGUUGGAGGAAUCAACCACUGAUUUCAGGGUUCACAAGUCCCUCCUCAAGGGACUAAAGUAUGCUGUGUUUGGACUCGGAAACUCACUCUAUGAAGGCCAUUAUAAUCAGGUCGGGAAGAAUGUAGAUAGCUGGCUCAGCAUCCUGAGUGCAUCAGCUGUGGUGGAGAGAGGGGAGGGAGAUCAGAAUGUUGCUGAGAGCAAACAUGGAGGCGUAGGAGAAGAUUUUGCUGCGUGGAAAGAGUCGCUCCUCCAAAAGUUAACAAGCUCCAGUAAAGAUUGCUGUAGUUCACAGGCGCAGUCGUGUGAAUGCGGGAAAACAGACGGGGGCUGUUGCCAGGAGACUCAAGACGACAAUGACGAGGAAUUGUAUGAUAGUUCCAGUGAAGAGGAAGUCAGUGACGUGGAAGAUGCCCAAGAUGGAAGCAGCAAAGUCACAGAGACUAAUGGCCUGACUGACCUCGAGGACUUGGGAAAGGUCAUGAAGAAAAUGAAGAAGGCAAAGGAUGACAGAGCUUCAGCUAAAUCAGCCGAGCCGAGGGAGAUGAUUACGCCAAUGCUAAGAAAAGCACUCACAAAACAGGGGUACCGUCUGAUUGGUAGCCACUCUGGGGUUAAACUCUGCAGAUGGACUAAGAGUAUGUUACGUGGACGAGGAGGCUGCUAUAAACACACGUUCUAUGGCAUUGAGAGUCAUCGCUGUAUGGAGACCACACCAAGCCUCGCCUGCGCCAACAAAUGUGUCUUCUGCUGGAGGCAUCACACCAAUCCAGUCGGCACAGAGUGGCGGUGGAAGAUGGAUGACCCAGAGACGAUCCUAGAGGGCGCUCUUCAGAAUCACUACAAACUCAUGAAAGAAUUCAAAGGUGUCCCUGGUGUGAAGCCGGAGCGUAUGGCAGAAGCCAUGCAGGUCCAGCACUGUGCUUUAUCAUUAGUCGGUGAACCAAUCAUGUACCCAGAGAUCAACCGCUUUGCGAAGCUACUACACAGUCAUAAAAUCUCAACGUUUCUGGUCACCAACGCACAGUUCCCAGAAGCUAUCAGGAGCAUGGUUCCUGUUACGCAGCUCUACGUUAGUGUGGAUGCGAGUACGAAGGAAAGCUUAAAGAAGAUUGACCGGCCGCUAUUCCGCGACUUCUGGCCCAGAUUACUCAGCAGUCUAGAGGCACUUUCAGAAAAGGGUCAGCGGACAGUGUACAGAUUGACCAUAGUCAACGGUUGGAACAACGAAGAGAUUGAUGCCUACGCAAACCUUGUCAACAUCGGCAAGCCAGACUUCAUUGAAGUCAAGGGAGUGACCUACUGUGGGGAAUCCAAGGCAAGCACAUUGACCAUGAAGAAUAUCCCAUGGCAUGAAGAGGUGGUGGGCUUCGUGAAGAAGCUUGUAGAUCUGCUACCAGAUUAUGACAUUGCCUGUGAGCAUGAACACUCAAACUGCAUACUGGCUGCCCAUAAGAAGUUUAAAAAGGACGACGGAUCAUGGUGGACGUGGAUUGAUUACGCCAAGUUCCACGAGCUCAUGGCCGACUUUGUUGCGAGCGACGGGGAGAAAAAGUUCAACGCCUUGGACUACAUGACAAAAACACCAGCCUGGGCGGUGUUUGGAUGCAAAGAGCAAGGCUUUGAUCCAGAGGAGACCAGGUUCAGAAGGAAAGGAAAGAAUAAGGAUCUCUCUGGCUGUUAGAGUCAACUGGAAAACUGAACUGGAAAA